CACGGUCCUUCAACUCUUUCCAAAAGUUGCUAUACUCGGCAUAAAAUGGCUUCACAUUUGGCCAACAUUUUCGGCACAGAACAGGAUCGUGUCAACUGCUCCUUCUACUACAAAAUCGGUGCUUGCAGACACGGCGAUCGGUGUUCGCGCAAGCACAUCAAGCCGCCGUUCUCUCAGACGAUACUGCUGAACAAUGUUUACCACAACCCGGCGCACGACCCGAACUGCAAGCUCUCGAGCCAGGAGCUGCAGGACAACUUCGACCAGCUGUACGAGGACCUAUACAUUGAGCUGUCCAAGUUCGGCCAUCUUCUCGAGCUUCACGUGUGCGACAACAUCGGCGACCACCUUAUCGGCAACGUGUACGCACGGUACGAGUGGGAGGCUGAGGCACAGGCUGCCGUCGACGCGCUCAACGACCGAUGGUAUGCCGGCCGGCCGUUGUACGCCGAGCUGUCUCCCGUCACGGACUUUCGUGAGGCUUGCUGCCGGCAAAACGAGAACGGCGAAUGCAACCGCGGGGGGUACUGCAACUUUAUGCACCUGAGGAUUGCGAGCAAGGACCUUGUGAAGAGCCUCGAGGUUAGCCAGCGGUUAGAGAGGCGGAUGCAGGGGAAGGAGAACUCGAAUGCGGGAGCCGGAGCUGGGUGGCAGCCACCGAGCGCAAGCAAGAGGGCGAGGAGCCGGAGUCCCGCGAGAGGUGGUGAGGGGGAGGACAGAUACAGGCCGGCGCCGGCGUCGUCUGGUACUGGAGAGGACAGGUGGCGUCCUGGUGGUGGUGCCCCGCCGACGAGCGAGGACCGCUGGAGACCUGGCGGAGGCACUGGGACGACGGGAGAAGAUCGUUGGAGGCCCGGCCGCUAGGCAUGUCAUGUAUGCAGUUGCCAUGUUUUACACCUUGAUCUGGUUACCUACCCUAGCCACGUUGCGCUGAGAGCUUGUAAGUAGCG